AUGGUGGGGAGGAAGAAAGCUUGUGACUCUUGUCACAGGCGCAAGGUACGUACUUCAGUUUUGGCACCACGUCCCACACAGUCGAUAGAGACGAGCAUCAGGAGAAAGUCUUCCAAGCCAGCACAAGCGGCGACUCGAGGCUCGCAAAAUGAUCUGGCACGACGCAUGGACCGCAUCGAGCAGAUUCUACAAGCCGCGCAGCGAAACCAAGCGGAUCCGUCAUCGGGGCAGCCCAGGCAUGAUACAGUGCUCGAAGAGGCCGCCGCGCUCGCCGCCGACCUUCUCGCCAACGGACCGUCCGCCAUACCCUCGCCCGCAACAUCCAGCCCCGGCCGGAACCGCUUGGGUGAAGCUCAGUCUCACUGCUGGCCCACGGUAAAGCUCGAGGAAGGAGUCCAGCAGGGGCCAGUGGUUGACCAUGUCGAGGCGGCUCCGCAACACACCCACCCCUCACCGUUUUCUUCGAUCCCCUCGUAUGCGCCGCCCGGAUUUGGAUAUCUCCCUCCUACAGCUGCCAUGCCCAGCGGGGUCGGAUUUGGCAAGCUGUACGUUGCAGGCAUGGAUCUGGGCGAGAUCAGCCCCUACAACGGCGUCCCUUACUUUUCCGAUGCUGGCUUGGAGUGGAUCAGGGAAAGAUGCGACACGGAACCUCAGUUUGAGAGCAUAUUCGCGCGUCUGCGAGCUCCUUCUGGCCCCAGGACCGUCUCCACCCCAGCAAGCAUGCCGACGCGAGACUCGGCCGACCCAGAAGACCAGAGCACGCCGGGCCAGUGCUAUGACGACGGCAUACUAUGGCAGACACGCCCGGACGGCUGGUUCCUCGAGCAGGGCCACCUAAACAUCGGGGAUAUGCCCGCCGUGCUGAAAAGACAACCGGCUGCGGACCUGCCAGACCGGGCUCUGCUCGAGUACUGCGUGCUGCUGUUUCGACAAUCGCACAUUGGCGUCACUAUGCCCGUGAUCGACCCGGUACUUUUCGCCGCGACCAUCGAAACAGCUUACUCGUAUUACCAGCCCAGAGAUGACAGGCCGAGGGAGAUGAGCGACUCACCUAGCCAGGAAGCAAGUCAUUCGCCCGUGGACAAAUCUUCCGAGGUCGAGGCUUCUGGUGAACACGCGUGGCAGCAUCGUCGACAACGGCGACUUGGAGACGAGUACCGAUCCAGGAAAGGCAUGGAGGCACUGUGUGCCAAGGCAUGCAUAUUUGCCUUCAUGGCUCUGGUGUCAUUAAUAGAGACCGAUAAAGACGCGGGGCUACCUCCAAUAGAUGGAGAUGCCUACGCUGCAGCUACACACUUGAUGUUUGCAGAGUUUAUUCCUGCCGCCUCGGUUGUUACGGUUGAAACGGUAACGAUGCUGACAACAUUCCACAUAAUGACCGGUCAGCUGCAGGCGGCCGGUAUGUUUCACACCUCAGCUGUCCGAGUAUUGUUCAUGCUCGGGGGUCACACCGCAUACGGCUCGGGGUUUUCCCCUGAAGAUGACCCGCUCGCGCCACCAAACAUGAAUGGCAUCCAUAUCAGUGUAUCGACCGAAAAAGGUGAACAGGUCGACGAAAAGCCGCCUCCAGAAACGCCGGACGCCCGACUGCGAAGGCACAUGCGGAAUUUAUACCGCAUCUCCUACCUGUUUGACAAGGAGCUCGAGCUGCGCACAGGCCUACCACCAUGUAUGGACAACGACUACUGCGAUCUUGCCAUCCUCGAGCGGUCGUGGUCCAUCGAUACGGAAGGACUCCCUCUCGAUAAGCCGAUGCCCUUGGGCAAUACAGGCUUCAGCAAAUACACCCUGACACUGGGGGAAGAAAUCGCCUUCAAGGGAAAGCUGGACCCGGCUCAACUGCGCAUCUCCAUGAUCAAGUCUCGGGUCAGCAAACUGCUGUACUCGGUGACGUCGCUGCGCAAGUCGGACGCACAACUCCUACGAGACAUCCGCGAGUUGGAUGAGGAAUUGGACAGAUGGAGAAGCUCUCUACCACCUCAGCACAGGCCGAUGCUUGCGGUCCCGACCAAGGCCAAGAACCGGAGGAGAGGCUCCACUGCGCCAGGAACCAGCCCAAUAGGGGCGAGAUCCGAUUCAAUGAUUUCACAGAGCGCCUCACCUAUAAAGCCAUUUCCACAUGGCCCCAUAUCAGAACAUGAAAAUCUGCAGCAGCAAAACCGAACCUCGGCGGCACACUCUCUGACCCCUGAAUCAGCCACCAACGGAUUAUCGACCCCGUGGAUGUCGAUGAUCAGUGAUCGAUCGGUGUCGCGCGAUUCGGCCCGCGCCAACGAAGACGAGGGCAGCGACGACAGCGACAGGGACGAUAUCCGGAGCAAGGACAGGAAUAGGUGGUACUCGAACGACCUCAUCAUGCACUUUGAGUACCAUUACCUUAUGGGGACUGUACACCGCGCGUCUGGGCGAUGCCGGGCCUGGACGCAAGGAGGGGAGAUGGCAGGCAUCAGCUCCAGCCAGGCGCUGGCCCUGCAGGCAAGCCGAUCCAUCCUGAUGUACCUGCGCACGGCCGUCAUGAGCAGGCACGGCAUGGCAUUCUGGAUGCUCUUCUUUUAUCCCAUGUCUGCCAUCCUGACGAUAUUCUGCAACGUGCUCCUGCACCCUCUCGGCGCGUCUUCGGAAGACGACCUGGAGCUGCUAGGAUCGGUCGAGAACCUAAUCAAGGAGAUGCGGAGGCGGCGGCAACUGACGCCCCACGAGGUGGUGAAUAUCAACAUGAUCGACGAGUUCGUGGCCGAGCUUACGAGGUUGGGCCACUGCGCUAUCCUCAAUGCCUGCCGGGAGGCCAGCAGUACAGAUGGGAGCAGCGUUGCUCACGAAACUCAGCAGCAGCAUCCAAUAAGGAGAGCGUCGUUUGCGGUGGUGGGUCGGUAG